AAAAAAAUCAAGUAUUGGUUCUUUAAAUAUCAUUUCCUGAGCCAGUUCAUGUUGAACUGAAAUUUCUGCUAGUCCAACUCUCUGUUUUUCCGUCAUUGCCUAUUAACAUAUCUUAGGUACCUUAAGCUUUGAGUAGCUACAGUCACAGCUUGAUGCCAUAAUAGGAAGGCAUAAUUGUUGUCAAAAGUAACUGUAAUAUUAAGGGCACUACAUAGGACGAUUUUCCCUGGUCCCCACAACCCCAUAGGGAUAGCCCUGGGAUGAGAAAGUGAGUAUGUGAGAGAAACCUAAUGAGGAGUACCCCAUAGAAUAUAAAUGAGAAUGAAUGAGAUAAAAUCAGGUGUUCUAAGAUACUUCUACAGCUUUAUUUUUUAUGUUGGGCCUGACCUAAGAAAAAUUAAUGAAAUGGGAUCCUCUUGCCAAUUCUGAAGCUAAGGGAGAAGCUCAUAUAUGUGAUUUGGCAAGAACAUUGCUUUCAUGGGUCAGCUUUUUUUUAAGGUACUACAGUUUUUUCUACCUUAAUUCAUCAUUUCCAACAUCACUGUUAAGAGUCUCAUACUACAUGCUUCAGACAUUCAAGAUGCACUUGGAAUCUGUGCAAGAAUUUAGUUAUUUCUGUUAGUCAGUUGCAUGUGUGAUGUCAUUUUUGGCUUUAAAUGUCUCUGUUUUCCCUUUUCUAAUAACAGUUUCAUUCUUGAAUCACAUUUUUCAAGAACAGAUAUAAUUAACAUUUUUUCAGUUAAAUUUAAACAUGUAAAAUACUCAUAGUGAAAUAUUUACGAUGUGCAGAAUGUCUCUUUGCAUUAUCUUUCUCAUUGUCACAUGUCUUAAGAAAGAAUUUUAUAUUAGUGUUAUGCUAUCAGAAAUGCUGUUUCAAUUAGACACAAGCAUACAGAAAUAUUAAGAGAAUAGAUAAGGAGAUCAAGAUUCCGCUUUCUUAUGACCCCUCACGCUACCUCCACAGUAAAAGUAACAUUAUAUUUCUAGUUUUUGCUGCAUGGUAAUAUUAAAUGUUAUUGCAAAAGGAAAUGUACUCAACAAACACUGUAUUGGCUUAACAGGAGCACUGAGGUUUCUUUUUCUGUAUUUAUCAACAGAUCUCAUACAGGAGAAAAAUUUUCAUUGCAGUUAAAUUCUCUGUGCAAAAGCACCGGGUUUAUUGUUAUCAAGACAGAAUUAGAAUAAAAUAAUUUGACAAUAACUGAUGAUUUAAAAAAAUAUAAAAUAUUAUUUAAAGGAAUUGCUACUUUUUUGUUGUUGCUUACUUUCAAACUGACCUGAUAAGCAAUAAUUUAACAGUAUGAAUUCAUCUGUAAAUGAAGAACAUGUUGUCAACAAUAUCUUGGCUGUUAAUCUGAAACUUCUGAAGCUUCUUGGACUGUGGCAAGGUCACACAGCUUCUUUCAAAUUCUCAUGGGCAAUAAAGCUGUUUAUCUUUUAUAGAUGGGCACUUCUUAUCAUUAUGUAUCUCCACACUGCAACAGAAUACUUAGAUAUUGUGUUCACAUGGGGAGACUUAGAAAAUCUAGCUGCUACUGGCAGUGUAACUUUAAUUUACACUACUUGUAUAAUGAAACAGACAGUAUUUCUGCUAUUUGAGAAACGUCUUCAAGAUUUGGUUCAUAGUCUGCGAAGUGGUAAUUUAGCAACAUCAUUGAGGUGGACCAAACAGCAUUUUGAGAUCUUGCAUAUUGCUGAUCGCCGUGCACAAGCUGCUAGUUGGAGGUACUACUACCUCUGUAUUGGCACUAUUAUCUCAUUUUUUAUAACAUCCAUUAUUAGUUCAUAUGGUACAGCCUUUGGACUUGAAGGAUUCAGCCAAGGGAACCAAACAGUAAAAACUUUAGUGUUCAAAGCAUGGUUUCCAUUUGACAUUCAACAGUCAGGCUAUUUUGAAAUAGCUUUUUGUUUCCAAAUAAUAACUUGUACCAUGGGACCAGCUAUCAAUGUAGGAAUGGAUACCUUACUUGUGAGUGUGAUCAUCAAUUGUUGCGGUGAAUUCAGAGUACUGAAGUAUUCACUGAGAACAAUCAGGGAACGAGCAGAAGAGUUACUGGCUUCAGAGAAGUCAUUUCGAGAAGAAAAUCUCAGUGUAAGUGAGAUGAUACAAUCUAAGGAGAAUGUAAGAACAGAACAAGCCGGGGUUUUAACAGGUAGGUAAGCAUUAUAUUUAACUCAUUUAUUAGGAGAUAGACUAAAGACCAAAGACAUAUGAACUCCUUCAGGCAGAAAUCAAACCAAUACAUACAGAAAAUAUUUCGCUUGUGGAUUUAGGUCCUUCCAGAUUUUAGAUGUCACAUACGGGGUCCGAUAUUGUAUAUACCAGUCUGAAAAUAUGGUCGAUUUCUGACAGAUUAUUAUAUAAGCCCUUGUGCAUAAUUUUAGCGAAUGUUCGGUGCGGAUGAUUAUUAAAUUUAUUUUAUUUUAAUGGUACAUAAAGGCAUUAAUUUUAGGUAAAUAUGUUUAGAUAUAUGAGUAAUACUUAGAAAGAAAUUGGGAGAAAGAUUGAAUGAAAAAUAAAAUGUUUCCACUGUACAAUAUGAGACAAAAUACCCACUGGUGGUUUAACAAUAUAUGAAUCAGAAGAAGCUGGGAACCACUGCUCAAAAUAACUAGCUUAUUUGCUCAAGCAUGUGGAAUUGACACAAUGUGGCAAAACUGUCAUGUACCUGUCAACAAUAUGUAUCUGUAUACAAAAGUAAAAUGUGCGUGAUUGUGUGUCUUCUUUCAGUGGACAUUGGAUGUAAUGAGAUAUUUUCUAACAGUCAAAAUAACAAAAAUCUUGGACAGGAAGUUCACUUCUCACAAGAAGAUCUGGAUUUAAAGUCAAACAUCUGCUUAGUGGAAUGUAUACAGCACCAUCAAUUGAUUUUAGAGUAAGUGGUAGUGAUUUCUCUUAUCUCAAAUUUUAAAGUACUAAUGGCAAUCAUCUGAAUAACCAAAGUAGAUAAAAAUUCAAGUGCGGUUAGUAAUAUACAGGGCGAUUGAAAAGGUUAGGGCCAAACUGAAGGAGCGCGUAGAGGAACUCAGAAAGAACAACUUUCGAAUAGGAAUCAUGUCCUCCAAAGUUAUCCUGAGUCAGUCGAGGCCACUGAAUGUAGGGAAGUCUGAUA